AAAAUAUGUUCUUACUUUGAAAACUAGAAAUGCCAACAGGCACGUCAUUUCUAAGAAGAACAAGAAGGCACGGCAAUUGCUGGUCGUCGGUCUCUUCCAUUGAAGGAGAAGAAUCACAAGAGCAAACCCAAACCUGGUCUAUGCUCCAGACAAUAGGGAUCUGUCAAUGCAUUGCUGCAGAUAAUAGAGGCAACGCCACAAAAAUUUGUGGUCGCAGUCAAGGAAUCACUGUUUCCUUUCAAACUGACAAGGAAGAAUACUUUACAUUGGAAUCAUCUGCAGUUGCCGGAGGUUUUGUCGUCUAUGAUUCGCCUGCUGCCAGCUUCUCAUCCAGCAGAAGUCCAUUUUCAUCCCAAGGUUCACAUUCAUGCCUGACAGAUCCUCAUCAUUCUCCUGACAACACAUAUGGAUCUCCAAUGAGUGGAUCUUCAUCUGCUGAUGAUGACAAUGUACUAAUGAGGCAGAAAUUAAGGGAACUGGAAUUUUUGUUACUGGGGUCUGAAUUGGACAUUACAAACGACGGCAAUUUCUGCUUCCACCAAGCUGAUCGAUUAGAAAGAUGGGACUGGACGCAAAUGGUGGAAAUGAUCCCUAGGUUAGACAUGAAACAAAUGCUCUUGGCCUGUGCUCAAUCAAUAUCUGAUGGUGACAUACCAAGAGCAGCACGUUUAAUGCAUGUGUUGGAGCAAAUGGUGUCAGUGUCUGGAACGCCAAUGCAGCGUUUGGGAGCGUACAUGUUGGAAGGGCUCAGAGCAAGGGUUGAACUAUCAGGAAGUAAAAUCUACAAAGCUUCGAAGUGUGAAGCACCAUUGAGCUCAGAUCUGAUGACUUACAUGGGUAUUCUCUCUAAAAUCUGUCCAUACUGGAGGUUUGCAUACGCAGCUGCCAAUGUUGUCAUUCGUGAAGCUGUGGAAUAUGAGCCUAGAAUUCACAUAAUUGAUUUCCAGAUUGCACAGGGCACCCAGUGGUUGUACUUAAUCCAGUCACUUGCAGAUCAGCCGGGUGGCCCCCCAUCAAUUCACAUAACUGGUGUUGAUGAUCCUCAGUCAGCUCAUGCUCGUGGUGGUGGACUUCAUAUUGUAGGACACAGGCUAUCAUGUUUUGCCGAGUCAUGCAAUGUGCCAUUUCAGUUCUAUGAUGCUGCUGUGUCUGGUUGUGAGGUUCAACUAGAACAACUUGGGUUGCAACCUGGGGAAGCUGUGGUGGUGAAUUUUCCAUAUGUAUUGCACCACAUGCCAGAUGAGAGCGUGAACACAUGGAAUCACAGAGAUCGACUGUUGAGGCUGGUGAAGAGUUUGUCACCAAAGGUUGUGACUCUCAUCGAGCAAGAAUCCAACACUAAUACUAAGCCUUUCCUUCCAAGGUUCAAGGAAACACUAGAAUAUUAUACUGCCAUGUUUGAAUCAAUUGAUGCUGGUUCGUCGAGGGAUGACAAGCAGAGGAUAAAUGCAGAGCAACACUGUGUGGCUCGAGACAUUGUCGAUGUGAUUGCUUGUGAGGGAGCUGACAGGGUUGAACGACAUGAACUAUUUGGGAAGUGGAGGUCGCGAUUUAUUAUGGCUGGAUUUACUCAAUACCCUUUAACUUCCACGGUGACUGGUGCUGUAAGAGAUUUAUUGAGAGAAUAUGACAGGAACUAUGGACUGCAAGAGAAGGAUGGUGCUCUUUACCUUUGGUGGAUCAACACAGCCAUGACAACCUUUUCUGCUUGGAGGUGAAACCCAGAUAAUAGCAUUAGUUCUUUAACAUCUGUAAAUUUUGUCAUUGCUGUUUUAAGUUAUGAUAUGUAGUGAUGAUUGUAUUUGGAGAAGUGAGAUUAAGAUUAGCUGUUUUUUAGAUACUAAUGCCAGGACAGAUACUCAAAAGCUCGUAGGAAUACUGCACAUUUCCAGUGCGGAAUGAAUAAAAAAUAGUUAGGUAUUAUGUUGCAA